CUUGUUGCCUUGCUUAUAGGAUAACGGCUCACAUUUUGUACUAGAAAGAAAACUUAACGCAAGCUAAGAGAAGCGUGGAACGUUUCAUUUUAGACGCGACGCUCGCUAUGUGGAAACUUUGAAGGGGUUGCCCUCAUGAAAUAUGGCGGUAGUGUGCAUGUAGGGUUACAGGAGAGUGCGGUGUAGACCUAUCAGGGGGGUAGAUUGACGAGGAAGACGGCUGGUAUCAGUGUUGGUUUGCCUGUUCCUGAGAGAAAAUGAGUAGCGGCUCGGCGGUAGUUAAUCGCCUCAGGAAAUACAAGGAGCUGCCGGUGUAUGUGGUGGAGGAUCACCAUGAUGUACUGCCUUUUAUCUAUCGGGCUAUUGGAUCUAGACACCUCCCUGCCAAGAACAUCAGCUUUAUUCACUUUGAUUCUCAUCCAGAUCUUCUGAUACCAGUGAAUAUGCCUGCAGAUACUGUGUUUGACAAAGAAGCAUUGUUUAGCGAAUUAAGUAUUGAGAACUGGAUCAUGCCUGUGGUGUAUGCGGGUCACUUCUCUCAAGUUGUAUGGAUCCAUCCUUCAUGGGCUCAGCAAAUAAAAGAAGGAAAGCAUGACUUCCUGGUUGGCAAGGACAAGUCUACAACCACAAUUAGGGUCACCAGCACAGAUGAUUACUUUCUAAGUGAUGGUCUUUACGUUCCUGAAGAACAGCUUGAAAACCCCAAGCCUCUUCACUUGGAUGUCAUCUUGUUGAACCCUGUGAAGGAACCAAACUGUGAAGAUGCAGAAAAAGGUGAAUCUGCUGCUAAAAAACUAAAGCUUGCGGAAAAUGAUGAAUCAGCAGGUGGUCCUGCCUAUGCAUUUCAAUGUGCUUCUUCGCAGGGAGCCUCCUUUGCUUUGUGUGAUGGAGCAGAAGGCUGUUUGAGAAAGGGCUCUUCCUCUGACAGUAUGGAAACAAGUGGCGAUAUCAACACCAUAUCUUCACAUAAUGCCAAACUUGCAAGAAGUAUUAUGGAAAUUCUGGAGAAAGAAGAUGCUUAUGCCCUGGAUAUAGAUUUAGAUUUCUUUUCCGUCAAGAAUCCUUUUAAGGAAAUGUAUACUCAGGAUGAGUACAACAUCUUGCAGGAACUGUACAGCUUUAAAAAGCCAAGUUCUGAUUCAGUAGAGGAUGCUUUAGUUGAUUGCGUAGAAAACCGUGUACGCCAGCUUGAAGACCUUGAAGCUGCCUUUGCAGAGCUGUGUGAAGAUGAUAGCGAGGAGACUGUGCAAAGAUGGGCCUCCAAUCCUGGAAUGAGCAGUCUAGUUCUGCUUGUACAGAGCUUGAAAUCCAGAAUGGAAUCGCCAGACUAUGAAAUGAUCCAUCAGGCUGGUCUUACUUGUGAUUACUCUGAGCUUCCACACCACGUCAGUUCAGAAAUUGAGAUUGAGGGCCUCAUGCAGUCCAUGAAACAUUUACUGAAACAUUUGCCAAAACCUACGCUUGUCACAUUAGCCAGAUCCAGUUUAGAUGAUUACUGCCCAUCCGAUCAAGUUGAUUUCAUUCAAGAAAAAGUUCUGGAUGUCCUCCGCUCAUUGUAUGGCACACUGGAUGUUCAUUUAGAAUUUUCCCCUGGAUCAUCUUCUAUCUGAAGUCACAUUGUUACAUUUAGGAAUAUCAUUUUUAUUUAAUUGGUGAUUUGAAUUUUCUUUCAGCACAUUAUAUGUAAUAUAUAUAAGAAAAAAGACUGCGCUGUAUAUAAAACUAUGGCUGCAACUCAAAGUGAAAUACACAUAAAGAUAGGUUAGAUAAGAAGCUGUGCUCUCAGAUUGACAUAUUGUCCAAUGUAAAUGCAAACAAAUUUAAAAAAAUUAAAAAUGAUAAGUCCCAAUGAGUGAGACAUGUGACAUAUAUAAAGUCCUCCAAUGCACAGUGAAAUCUUGGCAAUUCCUCCAAUGAGAACAUUUUGUGAAAAGACAAACCUCAAAAGUUCAUGAAAAUCCUGUGA